GGGAGUCCUCAUCUCCACAAUCUUGUUCACUUUCAGGAGGAGGAAGUACUUGCUGAAUUUGAAGGGAAAAACUCAAAACCAUAAGGACAUUGAACUCUUCCUGAAGAACAAUGAGAAGCUUACACCAAGAAGAUACAACUAUUCUGUUCUUAAGAAAAUGACUAACUCAUUCAGUGACAACUUAGGGAAAGGCGGCUUUGCUAGUGUGUAUAGAGGAAAGUUACCUGAUGGCCAUCUUGUAGCAGUAAAGAUUUUAAAAGAAUCGAAAGGCAAUGGAGAAGAAUUUAUCAAUGAGGUAGCAAGUAUCGGUAAAACUUCCCACGUUAACGUUGUCGCUCUCCUGGGAUUUUAUUUUGAGGCUUCCAAAAGAGCUCUCAUUUACGAGUUCAUGCCCAAUGGAUCUCUUGAGAAGUUCAUGUGCAACAACACCUCCAUAUCAAGAUGUCAAUUAGGAUGGGAAAAAUUGUUUCAAAUUGCUGUUGCUAAUGCUAAGGGAAUAGAAUACUUGCACCAAGGAUUUAAUACACGGAUUUUGCACUUCGACAUAAAGCCUCAUAACAUUCUUCUGGAUGAAGAAUUGAACCCUAAGAUAUCGGAUUUCGGCUUGGCUAAACUUUGCCCCAAUAGGUCUAGUAGAGUUUCGAUGUUAGGGGCUAGAGGAACAAUAGGAUAUAUUGCUCCAGAAAUAGCUUAUAGAAACGUUGGCGACAUUUCUUACAAGUUGGAUGUCUAUAGCUAUGGUAUGAUGCUUUUGGAAAUGGUUGGAGAGACGAAAAAUACUGACGUCAGAGUUGAUCAUUCAAGUGAAAAAUAUUUUCCUGAUUGGAUCUAUGAGCACCUCGAACAGAACUUUGAGCUUGAUUUUAACCGAGUUGAAAACGAAGAUGAAGUUUCGAAAAGGAAAAUGGUAAUAGUUGGCCUGUGGUGCAUACAAACUGAUCCUAAAACUAGACCAUCAAUGAGCAAGGUUAUAAAAAUGUUAGAAGGGAGUAUGGAAUCUCUUCAAAUCCCACCAAAACCCUACUUUUUACAGCCAAGAGCAGCAGAAAACUUUUCAACUAGUGAGUCGCUAGUCACUCUCUCCUAG